UCCCCUGGUGACAUCGGAGACGUUGUUUGAGGCUUUUGAGAAGAUGGGGAAGAAGCAUUACAAGGAGCAGGUUCCUCCGGCCGAGCCCAGCAACAAGAAGCCUUCAGCGGGCAAACAGAAGGCCAAGCCUCCCCCUGCCUCCACACCAACACACAACACACACAAGAACCUGGAGGAUGCAUUCAAAGCCGUGAGUCACACACCAUACACGCUUCCACACACACCAGCAACUUAUACACACGUCUGCAGCACAAGGUACCUACACACGCAGGACUGGCUGUAUUAGACUAAUCUAGGGCAAAAGUCACAUGCUGAAUCUCACUGUUUCACACAACAUCACAAGCUUGUUUCUGAUGUUUACAUUUCUAUACUGUUUAUCAGUGUCGUGGUGCUCCAGUCCAGGACGGUCUCCGGUAUUGGGUUGCUACUGGCAAGUUACUGGAAUCUUCAGGAUAAUUAACACAAAAUAUAUAUGGCAAUCUAUCGUAACUUUGGUCAUUUAUACUUGAAGACCCGGUCCGGGACCCGAGGGGGUCCGGAUCCAGAAUAUAUGGAUCCACCUGUACCCGAGACCCGGUCCGGAUCCAGAAUAUAUGGAUCCACCUGUACCCGAGACCCGGUCCGGAUUCAGAAUAUAUGGAUCCACUGGGACCCGAGACCCGGUCCGGAUCCAGAAUAUAUGGAUCCACCGGGACCCGAGACCCGGUCCGGAUCCAGAAUAUAUGGAUCCACCGGGACCCGAGACCCGGUCCGGAUCCAGAAUAUAUGGAUCCACCGGGACCCGAGACCCGGGUCCGGAUCCAGAAUAUAUGGAUCCACCGGGACCCGAGACCCGGGUCCGGAUCCAGAAUAUAUGGAUCCGGACCCCCUCGAGUCCUGGGUUGUAUCUGAUAUGAUUUUCACAGGUCUGGGGUAUGUGUCAUUUUGAACUGACUUGUCUGGAAGGGCCCGUACAGAUCCUAACAGAGAGAUUGGAUUGAUGCUGGUGCUCUUCCUUUUCACAACAGUGGAGCGUGGAGUAUGUAUCUUGUUGUUGGCCAAUCAUGAGUCAUCAGAGACCAUAGGCUACAGUCAUAGAGCCUCGCUCCAUGUGUGGCCAGAAUUAGGAGAUAUCUAAUCAAUGGAAGAUGGAAUUAUAAUGAGGGAAUGAAAAGUUAAAGGAGAAGGACAGGCUACAAUGACCAAGAGCCAACAGGUAGGCUGCUACUUUAUAUUCUGAAUGGAGUUGUGUUUGUUACUGUAGGAUGAGAGGGUGCAUGCAGCCUCAAUUAGCCUAGUUAGCUAACGUUAGCUAGCUUAACUAGCUUCUCCCGGUUUGAUGCAGUCAAGACAGCUACUAGGUAAUCAUAUUGGAUGGUAAUAACCUAUCUAUGGCAGCUAUUAGUCUACUAUAGCGUGAGUCUGCUUGGUUGGUUGCUGUCUCCCUCCCUGCUCACAUGUCACUGGCCCACAGUAUGGCCCCUCCCCCCUGCUCACAUGUCACUGGCCCACAGUAUGGCCCCUCCCCCCUGCUCACAUGUCACUGGCCCACAGUACGGCCCCUCCCCCCCUGCUAAAGCAGCACCUCUCUCCCUCUCACGCUUUAUCAACUCCGGUUAAUAAAGUAGCUUAAAUGACUUUUCUGCUGCUUCCCUCACUCGGAUCAGAUCGGACCGGGUCUGGAUCCGACCAGGUCUACACAGAAUGGGUCUAGUUGUCUUCGGGUCCGUUCGGAACGGGUCUCUAUAUUGAGCUAUUUUAUUUAUGCAUAUCGGGUCCGGGUGGGAAAGCCCCAGGUCCCUUUUUGGAAUGGAUCCAACUUUUUGGACCCGUGAAGACCUCUAAUUCAUAUUAGUGUUAAUUUUUUUUAUCUCUAUGUCCAUAUUGUCCAUACGUUUCUAGUAGAUGGACCAUAUGAUUCAAAAGAAAGUAGCCUAAUUAAUGAAAAAAGCAUCUAAUCAACAAUGGCAUUAUUUUCAUUUACCAUUGCAAUUCGUCCAACUAUUUACAUUUUUUCACAACUGGCACGAGUUUGACGCCAAAAUAUUGACGCCAAAUGCGUAUUGACGUAGUCACAUAAAUAGUGUGUAAAAACAAAUGUAUAUAAAGGAUAUUUCAUGCUGAAACCCUCAUAUUAAACACUAAUGGGAUUCACUAAGUUGAUGGUUUAUAUUUAAGAUGUUUUACAGCUUUGUUGUUCUAUUUGUUAUCUUAAAAUCAUCCUAUUUCAUAUUUUCCAUUUUCCAAGGACACACAGAGGGCCAGAGAUAAUUAGACACCUGUGAUAAUCUGAAGUCCCAAAAGGGCCACCAGAUGUCUUGUAAAGUCUUUGAAAGAUGCCAACAUUCUGGUAGAUAAUUGGUCAACUUAGAACAUUUCCAGUAAUAUACCCUCCCUUUGCAAACCUACUCGGGUCUCGAUUUCCAUUAGUCGUGACUUGACUUGGACUCCAUCAGUAGUGACUGUUGUCAGAAAGUCUCUCUCCCUUGAAUACUUCAUCAUGCUACUAGAUACAACAGCAAAUGUUAGAUGGCUAUUGUGGUAGCUGCUAGCAUGGCUAUUGUGGUAGCUGCUAGCAUGGCUAUUGUGGUAGCUGCUAGCAUGGCUAUUGUGGUAGCUGCUAGCAUGGCUAUUGUGGUAGCUGCUAGCAUGGCUAUUGUGGUAGCGGCUAGCAUUACUACUGUGGUAGCUGCUAGCAUUACUACUGUGGUAGCUGCUAGCAUUACUACUGUACAUUACGAAAUGUAGCUUCAAAGAACGUUCGACCUCAUUCAAUUGACUGCAUAUUUCUAAACUGUUCUAGUUGGAUGUGGGUUAGGUUUUGAUACUGUAUCUAGAAUGUUCUAGUUGGAUGUGGGUUAGGUUUUGAUACUGUAUCUAGAAUGUUCUAGUUGGAUGUGGGUUAGGUUUUGAUACUGUAUCUAGAAUGUUCUAGUUGGGCGUGGGUUAGGUUUUGAUACUGUAUCUAGAAUGUUCUAGUUGGAUGUGGGUUAGGUUUUGAUACUGUAUCUAGAAUGUUCUAGUUGGGCGUGGGUUAGGUUUUGAUACUGUAUCUAGAAUGUUCUAGUUGGAUGUGGGUUAGGUUUUGAUACUGUAUCUAGAAUGUUCUAGUUGGAUGUGGGUUAGGUUUUGAUACUGUAUCUAGAAUGUUCUAGUUGGAUGUGGGUUAGGUUUUGAUACUGUAUCUAGAAUGUUCUAGUUGGAUGUGGGUUAGGUUUUGAUACUGUAUCUAGAAUGUUCUAGUUGGAUGUGGGUUAGGUUUUGAUACUGUAUCUAGAAUGUUCUAGUUGGGCGUGGGUUAGGUUUUGAUACUGUAUCUAGAAUGUUCUAGUUGGAUGUGGGUUAGGUUUUGAUACUGUAUCUAGAAUGUUCUAGUUGGAUGUGGGUUAGGUUUUGAUACUGUAUCUAGAAUGUUCUAGUUGGAUGUGGGUUAGGUUUUGAUACUGUAUCUAGAAUGUUCUAGUUGGGCGUGGGUUAGGUUGUGGUUGUAUUAUGUAUGGUCAUUCCUAUACUGUUCUGUUCCAGUUGGACGUGGGGGAGCUGAAGCAGCAGUUGGACCGGAGCCAGACUCUGUUUCCUGACAACCCGUCAGUCUGGGUCAAAGACCUGGCAGGAUACCUCAACCACGCCCUGGCUGCUCCAGAGACUGAACCCACCCUCAGCAGCUACGCACACGGUCAGUAAAACAACCACAACCAAAACCAGGGCUCUAAAUUUGGUUGGUAGCUAAAAAUUCAUUGGUAGCAAAGUUAGGAGCACCACAUGAAAUUUAGGAGCACCAGAAAAUAAGAUUUCUAUAAUCGAUUGAAAUACAGCCUAUAUUGUGCCUAAUAUGAAUUCUAGCUACUUGUGAAGCACAUGUUGUGCCCUAGAAACCAAUACCUAACACAAAUACAUUAUUUUAUUAUAAAAGCUAAUGUUAUGAAUACCUGUCAUUUACAUUACAAAGUAAUCUGUGGAAUAUUAGGUUUCUACAUUGUGUAAAAGCCCUGUUUUACUAUUGAGAUGUAUUGCAUUGAAAACAGCACCUCGCCUAAAUAGGUGUUUUACUCCCUUAGCCAGCACCUCUCCUAAACAGGUGUUCUACUCUGUUAGCCAGCACCUCUCCUAAACAGGUGUUCUACUCUGCUAGCCAGCACCUCUCCUAAACAGGUGUUCUACUCUGUUAGCCAGCACCUCUCCUAAACAGGUGUUCUACUCUUCUAGCCAGCACCUCUCCUAAACAGGUGUUCUACUCUGCUAGCCAGCACCUCUCCUAAACAGGUGUUCUACUGUGCUAGCCAGCACCUUGCCUAAAUAGGUUAAACAAAUCAAAAUAUAUUUUAUAUUUGAGAUUCUUCUAAUAGCCAACCUUUGCCUUGAUGACAGCUUUGCACACUCUUGGCGUUAUCUCAACCAGCUUCAUGAGGUAGUCACCUGUAAUGCAUUUCAAUUAACAGGUGUGCCUUCUUAAAAGUUAAUUUGUGGAAUUUAUUUCCUUCUUAAUGCAUUUGAGCCAAUCAGUUGUGUUGUGACAAGGUGGGGGGGUAUACAGAAGAUAGCCCUAUUUGGUAAAAGACCAAGUCCAUAUUAUGUCAAGAACAGCUCAAAUAAGCAAAGAGAAACAACAGUCCAUCAUUACUUCAAGACAUUUAAGAAGGAACAUUUCAAUAACUUUGAAAGGUUCUUCAAGUGCAGUCGCAAAAACCAUAAAGCGCUAUGAUGAAACUGGCUCUCAUGAGGACCGCCACAGGAAUGGAAGACCCAGAGUUACCUCUGCUGCAGAGGAUAAGUUCAUUAGAGUUACCAGCCUCAGAAAUUGCAGCCCAAAUAAAUGCUUCUGAGUUCAAGUAACAGACACAUCUCAACAUCAACUGUUCAGAGGAGACUGCGUGAAUCAGGCAUUCAUGGUCGAAUUGCUGCAAAGAAACCACUACUAAAGGACACCAAUAAGAAGAAGAGACCUGCUUGGGCCAAAAAACAUGAGCAAUGGACAUUAGACCGGUGGAAAUGUGUCUUUUGGUCUGGAGUCCAAAUUUGAGAUUUUUUGUUUUAGGUACACUUCAACUGUGAGAGACGGAAUCUAAAACAAAAAUCCAGAAAAUCACAUUGUAUGAUUUUUAAGUAAUUAAUUUGCAUUUUAUUGCAUGACAUAAGUAUUUGAUACAUCAGAAAAGCAGAACUUAAUAUUUGGUACAGAAACCUUUGUUUGCAGUUACAGAGAUCAUAUGUUUCCUGUAGGUCUUGACCAGGUUUGCACACAUUGCAGCAGGGAUUUUUGCCCACUCCUCCAUACAGACAUUCUCCAGAUCCUUCAGGUUUCGGGGCUGUCGCUGGGCAAUACGGACUUUCAGCUCCCUCCAAAGAUUUUCUAUUGGGUUCAGGUCUGGAGACUGGCUAGGCCACUCCAGGACCUUGAGAUGCUUCUUACGGAGCCACUCCUUAGUUGCCCUGGCUGUGUGUUUCGGGUCGUUGUCAUGCUGGAAGACCCAGCCACGACCCAUCUUCUAUGCUCUUACUGAGGGAAGGAGGUUGUUGGCCAAGAUCUCGCGAUACAUGGCCCCAUCCAUCCUCCCCUCAAUACGGUGCAGUCGUCCUGUCACCUUUGCAGAAAAGCAUCCCCAAAGAAUGAUGUUUCCACCUCCAUGCUUCACGGUUGGGAUGGUGUUCUUGGGGUUGUACUCAUCCUUCUUCCUCCAAACACGGCGAGUGGAGUUUAGACCAAAAAACUAUAUUUUUGUCUCAUCAGACCACAUGACCUUCUCCCAUUCCUCCUCUGGAUCAUCCAGAUGGUCAUUGGCAAACUUCAGACGGGUCUGGACGUGCGCUGGCUUGAGCAGGGGGACCUUGCGUGCGCUGCAGGAUUUUAAUCCAUGACGGCGUAGUGUGUUACUAAUGGUUUUCUUUGAGACUGUGGUCCCAGCUCUCUUCAGGUCAUUGACCAGGUCCUGCUGUGUAGUUCUGGGCUGAUCCCUCACCUUCCUCAUGAUCAUUGAUGCCCCACGAGGUGAGAUCUUGCAUGUAGCCCCAGACCGAGGGUGAUUGACUGUCAUCUUGAACUUCUUCCAUUUUUUAAUAAUUGCGCCAACAGUUGUUGCCUUCUCACCAAGCUGCUUGCCUAUUGUCCUGUAGCCCAUCCCAGCCUUGUGCAGGUCUACAAUUGUAUCCCUGAUGUCCUUACACAGCUCUCUGGUCUUGGCCAUUGUGGAGAGGUUGGAGUCUGUUUGAUUGAGUGUGUGGACAGGUGUCUUUUAUACAGGGAAAGAGUUCAAACAGGGGCAGUUAAUACAGGUAAUGAGUGGAGAACAGGAGGGCUUCUUAAAGAAAAACUAACAGGUCUGUGAGAGCCGGAAUUCUUACUGGUUGGUAGGUGAUCAAAUACUUAUGUCAUGCAAUAAAAUGCUAAUUAAUUACUUAAAAAUCAUACAAUGUGAUUUUCUGGAUUUUUGUUUUAGAUUCCGUCUCUCACAGUUGAAGUGUACCUAUGAUAAAAAUUACAGACCUCUACAUGCUUUGUAAGUAGGAAAACCUGCAAAAUCAGCAGUGUAUCAAAUACUUGUUCUCCCCACUGUAUCUGUACCUGGGGCAAAAGUUCAGGAUAUCACCAGGUUGCUUCCCGAGGCUGUGAGUCAGUCACCAGGGGCUGUUACUGUCGUGGUUCAUGUGGGGUCGAAUGACAUUAUGAAGGGCAGCUCACAACAGCUGAAGAUGGAUUUUAAAGAACUGAUUGGGUCUCUACUUGACACCAACAAACGCCCCAUAAUAUCUGGCCCUCUGCCCUCCCUAAAUCGUGGCGUUGAAUGGUUCAGCAGACUUUUAGCCCUCCAUAACUGGCUACGAGACUAUUGCAGCUCUGUGGGUGUAACAUUAAUUGACAGUUUUGAUACCUUCUGGAAAUAAAGCUCGUAUUAUAAGAAGGAUGGGAUCCACCCAAAUCAUUUUGGUUCCUGGAUCCUUUCACAGCAUUAUAAGGCUGCGUUGAGACACUGACUUAACAAUGACCCAUGCCCAGCUCAUUUAAACCCUACCAUUGUGUCGCUGAGUUGUCAUAAUGCUUCAGCAAAUGUACAUUAUCCCAGGGGCGUUGGAAGAAAAAAUGUAAGUAACCUAAUUUAUGUCCCUCUUACUGCCCUGAAUACCUCUGCUGAUCCUACAGCUAUUGUGUGCAGUAGUCUUGUGCCUAUGAACCAGAGUAAUACUGUUAGCACUGAGGUGGUGUGCCCUAGAAGGAAGUCCACUGUGUGCAGCUCACCCUGUACUCGAGCAUUUCUACCUCUGCUAAGCUUCCCAGUAAAGCAAGAAAAUAAUCAAGCAUCCCAGAAAAGUGUUUAAAAUAGCCCACGUUAACAUAUGUAGCUUAAGAAACAAGGUUCAUGAAAUCAAUAAUUUGCUAGUAACAGAUGACAUCCGUAUUCUGACAAUCUCUGAAACUCACAUAGAUAAUACCUUUUGAUACAGUGGUAGCAAUACAUAGUUAUAAGAUCUACAGAAAAGACAAAUGCCAAAGGUGGAGUUGUGGCUGUUUUUUAUAUUCAGAACCACAUUCCUGUAAAGCUUAGGGAGGAUCCCAUGUUAAAUACUGUUGAAGUAAUAUGGCUACAGGUUCAUCUGCCUCACCUAAAGCCCAUUCUGGUGGGAAGCUGCUAUAGACCACCAAGUGCUAACAGUCAGUAUCUGGAGAACGUGUGAAAUGCUUGAUAAUAUAUGUGAUAUCAAUAGAGGUAUAUUUUCUGGGUGAUUUUCAAUAUUGACUGGCUUUCAUCAGGCUGCCCACUCAAGAGAAAGCUUCAAACUGUAACUAGUGCCUGCAACCUGGUUCAGGUUAUCAAUCAACCUACCAGGGUAGUUACAAACAGUACAGGAAAGAAAUCAUCAACAUGUAUUGAUCACAUCUUUGCUAAUGCUGCAGAAAUUUGUUUGAAAGCAGUAUCCAGAUCCAUCGGAUGUAGUGAUCACAAUAUAGUAGCCAUAUCUAGGAAAACCAAAGUUCCAAAGGCUGGGCCUAAUAUUGUGUAUAAGAAGUCAUACAAUACGUUUUGUAGUGAUUCCUAUGUUGUUGAUGUGAAGAAUAUUUGUUGGUCUGUGGUGUGUAAUGAGGAGCAACCAGACGCUGCACUUGACACAUUUAUGAAAUUGCUUAUCCCAGUUACUAAUAAGCAUGCAUCCAUUAAGAAAAUGACUGCAGAAACGGUUAAAUCCCCGUGGAUUGAUGAGGAAUUAAAAAAUUGUAUGGUUGAGAGGGAUGAGGCAAAAUAAAUGGCAAAUAGGUCUGGCUGCACAACCAAUUGGCAAACAUACCGCAAAUUGAGAAAUCAUGUGACUAAACUGAAUAACAAGAAGAAGAAACUACACUAUGAAACAAAGAUAAAUGACAUAAAGAAUGAUAGUAAAAAGCUUUGGAGCACCUUCAAUUAAAUUUUGGGCAAAAAGGCAAACUCCGCUCCAUCAUUAACUGAACAGAUGGCUCAUUCAUCACAAAACCAACUGAUAUUGCAAACUAUUUUAAUGAUAUUUCUGUUGACAAGAUUUAUCAAAUUUCGGCAUGACAUGCCAGCAACAAAUGCUGACACUACACAUCCCACUUAAAUCUGACCAAAUUAUGAAAGACAAGCAUUUGUAAUUUUGUAUUCCGAAAAUAAAGUGUGAAAUAAUUAUUGUUGUCUAUCAACAAUGACAAGCCAGAAAGUGUGCUAGUACUUGGAUGGAAAUUACUGAGGAUAAUAGCGGACGAUAUUGCCACUCCUAUUUGCCAUAUCUUCAAUUUAAGCCUACUAGAAAGUGUGUGCCCUCAGGCCUGGAGGGAAGCUAAAGUCAUUCCCUUACCUAAGAAUAGUAAAGCCCCCUUUACUGGCUCAAAUAGCCGACCAAUCAGCCUGUUACCAACCCUUUUUUGUAAACUUUAGGAUUUUUUUGUUGUUGCUAUUUUACAGUAAACAAAUUGACAGCAGACUUUCAGCACGCUUAUAGGGAAGGACAUUCAACAAGCACAGCACUUACACAAAUGACUGUUUAGCUGAGAGAAAUUGAUGAUAAAAUAUUGUGGGGGCUGUUUUGUUAGACUUCAGUGCGGCCUAAGUGGACAGUUUGAUUUCACAGAAGUGUGAUUGACUUGGAGUUACAUUGUAUAUUCUUAUUCCUUUACUUAGAUUAGUGUGUAUUAGGUUUUUGUUGUGUAUCUGUUAGAUAUUACUGCACUGUCGGAACUAGAAGCACAAGCAUUUCGCUACACUCGCAAUAACAUCUGCUAACCAUGUCUAUGUGACCAAUAACAUCUGCUAACCAUGUCUAUGUGACCAAUAACAUCUGCUAACCAUGUCUAUGUGACCGAUAACAUCUGCUAACCAUGUCUACGUGACCAAUAACAUCUGCUAACCAUGUCUAUGUGACCAAUACAUUUGAUUUGAUUUUGGUACCCCUGCACAUCCACUCAGUACUAGUACCCCGUCUAUAUAACCAUGUUAUUACCUGGUACCCCGUCUAUAUAACCAUGUUAUUACCUGGUACCCCGUAGAUAUAACCUGUGGAAUAAAUACACUGUUAUUUAUUUUUUCCUCUCCGUUUAUGGGCCUGUAAGUAAUACAACUCAACUUCUAACUUGUGGACAGUCCCGUUCUAACCAUUUAGUACCAUUCUAACCCUUCUCACUCCUCUCUGUCCUAGAUUACCCAUACUGCCUUGCGGGGAAGGAGCUGAGGGGCGUGGUCAAGGCUUUGAUUGGUCGCUGCAGCGAGAGUCUACAGGACUUCUAUGACCACUGUGUUUACACCAUGCUGAGAGAACUGGACAAACAGACCGGUACACACACCACACACCUU